CUUCUAACUUUUGAAGCAGUUGGGCAGUUGAGCAAAUUGUAGGUUUCAGAUGGUGUUGAACAAGCACAUUCCAUUACGGAUAUCUAUUCCUUUUAAUUCUCUAUGGGCGUGUGAUGUCUUCCUAAGUUGCGAGCAUGAAGACAUCUUCUCCGACCACUUGUACUACAAAUUGCAGUCUCGAGGAAUUAGUAUUUUCCAGGAUGACCAAGGAUCCUUGCAAAGAAGCACAACUCCUCUUGAGCUCUUUGGUGCAAUCGAAGAAUCGAGGUUUGCCGUUAUUGUUCUCUCGCAAAAUUAUGCUUCUUCGCCCCGGCGCUUGAAUGAACUUUUAAAAAUUCUAGAGUGCAUGAAAGAUCGGAACAGGAUUCUGCCGGUAUUUCGUGAUGUUAAUCUCUUGGAUGUCCAAAAACAAAAAGGUAUUUUUGAGAGAGCAUUCGACAAGCAUGAAGAAAGGUUUCAGGAUGACUUGGAAAAGGUUCAAGCCUGGAGAGAUGCUUUAACCAAAGUGUGCAAUUUCGCUGGAUGGACUACCAAUGAUAGGAAUGAAGUACAGGUUAUAGAAGAAAUUACUGAAGCACUGUGGAACAAACUACAUUCUAGAAUCAGUCCAACGGAAAAACUGCAGCCGACAUCCACACACAACUUGGUCGCAUUCACUAGCGUUAAUGUUAAUGAGGACUACCGUGACCAUAACCAUCCAAUACACAUUACAGAUAUGACGCCUUCUUCAGUAGAGUGGAACUUUUUGAUCACUAACCUUGGCCUAGAGAUUUUGUCAGCUGCUUUUGAUCAGGCUUCCUCGUCAAGUAAGCCACACUAUGCACUAUUUGGUAUGCUGUUUUCUAUUGCAGCCUUGUUCACUUGCAUUUGGGAGCUCAUUUACAAGGGCAUAAAGAAUAGAGUAGCAUUGAAGAAGUUCGGAAAGCUCUGGUGGUUUUAUUAUCCACAUCCCCACAAUAGCAUGCCUUUCGGUACUCUCCCUGAGAUUUACGGAUUAAUUGGAAGCAUCGCUCAGUGCAUAUGCUCUAUAACUCAAUACAUUUACUUCUCUUGGCAUGCUGAUAGUCCCAUAAAACUCUCACUUUUACCAGCAAUCUUUCUUUUCUGUUUGGCUGGUUCAAGACUAAAUAGGAAUCAAAACCAUUAGUCUGAUCAACAUUGUAAGUAGAUGCCAAGACAAAGAGUACGUAAUUGUGAUUGAAUGAACCUUGGUGAUGGUUUUUUGGGAACAGCUGAUGAGGUAGAUACGGGCAUAUAAUUAUUUGUAUCCAUCUGUUGCGAAUUUCAGUUUAUGUUUGUAGCCUAUAUGAGUUUUACACUGCUAGUAUCAAGUAACUAUAGCAAUUUACACCAGCCUAAUGAUGAUAGCCUUAUGAUUAUAUACAUGAUUUGUUCUACUGUAUUAUGCUAGAAAAUACGAAUAGGUUUUGCCAUAUGGACUGAUGUGAUGAUUUGGUUUUAUGAUCCAACCAAUUGCAAAAGAACUCACAGUUGGAUCAUUGGAAAGUACUAUUCAGGAUUACAGUUCCUUUUCUUUCACAUAACCAUUUCAUUAAGCAAGGGUUGGCUGGAGUGGAGGUCGUUCGCCAUGGAUAUCAGUAAGAUUAUCUUCUGGUUUGUAUUCACCUGAGAUAAAUUGCCCAAUGUUUCCAAAUUAGUCCAACUUCAUACCUUUCCGGCAUAAACCGUAUAUCUCAGAGAGGUCGUACUUCUUUGGGUUGGUAGUAUGGAAUGAUUUCAUUCAUCUUUGUUAUAAGAGUUAUUAUCCGUCUUCUCCCCCUGGCUUAUAUAUGUGACAUGGAAGAAACUUUUACCAAAGGAAGCUUCAGCUUUCUUUUGCAAAAAUGAACUCCAGGAAAUGUAAACCAGGAAGUGUGUAUCACUAGAGUUACCUGGUUUCCAUUAUGUUUUGGAGGCUCUACUAUUGGUCUAUUGGCUUUGCUUUUUCUUGCAACUAGACUACUCCAAAUAUGCCUAUAUAUAUUCCAUAAUCUUUUGUUAAAGCAUGCAUAUCUAUAUAGAUGUCAUUUGCAUCUCAUCAACAAUUCUUGCAACAGUGGAGCAAUUUGGCAGAUGAUUUGGUUGCUUUUAACUGAUAUGCAACCUUGAUUUCUUAUAGACAAUGUCUAAGGGGCACUUAAUUUUUAGUUGCCUUCUGCUCGUAGCUGUUAAUUUCAUUCUUUAAUAAUUAAGAAAGAUAAAAGUUCUUGCUUUGUCUUUCUUGUAUUUGCGGUUUUGCACACCAAGUGGAUGAACCCUAGAUUUCGAGUUUGGCAAGACCGAUUCCAGGCACAUAUUUUAUCUGUUACCAAAUCCAACAAAGCUAACAGGCUUUAGCUAGGGAUUCCGGUAUUUCAUUCAAUUAUUAUUUCCCAAUGAAAUAGUUUCAGGACACAAAAACUAUUGCUGAUUGCUGAUAUGUGCAGAACUUCCACCAAACCAUAUAAUAUUGGCUUGGAAAAUGACUUGGAAACCACAUGGUCAAACUUCGUGGAGUAUAUAUAGCACCAAAAAGAAAAAAAACUAGGUGCAGUAAACACAACUCCUCUUGAGCUCUUUUGUGCAGUCUAAGAACUGAGGUUUGCCGUUAUUGUUCUCUUGCAAAACUAUGCUUCUUCACCCCAGCGCUUGAAUAAACUUUCAAAAAUUCUUGAGUGCAUGAAAGAUAGGAACAGGAUUCUGGCAAUAUUUCAUGAUGUUAAUCUAUUCCAUGUCCAAAAACAAAGAGGGACUUUUGAGAAAGCAUUUGACGAGCAUGAAGAAAGGUUUCAGGAUGAUUUGGAAAAGGUUCAAGCCUGGAGAGAUGCUUUGACCAAUGUGUGCAAUUUUGCUGGAUGGACUUCCAAUGAUAGGAAUGAAGUACAGGUUAUAGAAGAAAUUACUGAAGCACUGUGGAACAAACUACAUUCUAGACUCAGUCCAAUGGAAAAACAGCAUCCAACAUCCACACACAACUUGGUCGCAUUCACUAGCAUUAGUGUUGUCUACCGUGAUCAUAACCAUCCAAUACACAUUACAUAUAUGACGGCUACUUCAGUAGAGUGGAACUUUUUUUAUCACUAACCUUGGCCCAGAGAGUCAGCUGCUUUUGAUCAGGCUUCCUCCUCAAGUAAUUAAGCCACACUAUGCAGUAUUUGGUAUGCUGUUUUCUAUUGCAGCCUUGUUCACUUGGAUUUGGGAGAUCAUUUACAGGGCAUAAAGAAUAGAGUAGUAUUGAACAAGUUCGGAAAAGCUCUGGUGGUAUUAUUAUCCACAUCCCCACAAUAGCAUGCCUUUUGGUACUCUCCCUGACAUUUAUGGAUUAAUUGGAGGCAUCACUCAGUGCAUAUGCUCCACAGCUCAAUACAUUUACUUCUCUUGGCAUGCUGAUAGUCCCAUAAAACUAUCCCUUUUACCUGCCAUCUUUCUUUUGUGUUUGGCUGGUUCAAGACUAAUUAGCAAUCAAAAACAUCAUUGAUCAGA